AUGCUCAAUACAUCGCGGAUCCCACUCGGUCCUUGGCUUGCUAUAUUUUUGGAGGACUCUCGAAGGCUGGAGGCUUCUCCGUACGGCUCUCCAACCGCAUUUCCGUUCCUUCCUGCAAACACCCUUGCCCAAAAGCCCAACCGGACGAAGGGCUUGACUGAGAUCAGGGGGCCGUACUACUACCCUGUAACGAAGACCUACCUCGACGAACUCCUUUCCGAUUAUGGUGAAUAUGUCGAUGGCGUCAAGUGGGCGGGCGGUAGCUUUUCGCUGUUGCCAGAGGACAGACUCCGAGCGUUGAUUGACACAGCUCACAAGCACGAUUGCUAUUGUAGCACCGGCGGCUAUAUCGAGCGCGUCUUGGCGAGUUCAGGAGGGAACAAGGACCUCGUCUCGAAAUAUCUUAGGAAAUGCAAGGACGUAGGGUUCGACGUACUCGAAAUCUCCUCUGGUUUCCUCUCCAUCCCAACAGAAGACUGGGCCGAACUCGUCCAGAUGGUCGCAGCUCAUGGUCUCAAGCCUAAGCCUGAAGUCGGUAUCCAAUGGGGUGCGGGUGGCGACGCAUCCGUAGAGGAACUGGAGGCAGCGGGAACCAGAGACCCAAAGUGGCUCAUCGACCGCGCCAACACUUUCCUACAAGCAGGUGCCUAUAUGAUCAUGAUUGAGAGCGAAGGCAUCACAGAGAACGUCAAAUCCUGGCGUACCGACGUUAUCUCUGCUAUAACAUCUUCUCUUCCCAGGGACAAGAUAAUGUUUGAGGCGGCGGAUCCUGAAGUAUUCGCGUAUCACAUUCAAAACCAAGGCGCACACGCGAACCUCUUCGUCGACCACAGUCAAAUCGUCCAGCUCGCUUGUCUCAGACGUGGCAUCUGGGGUACUGGAAGUACUUUCGGAAGGAUCGUGACGUUCGGAGACCAGCAGUAA